AUGUCGGUAUCCACUUGGCCCGACUUCUCCCAUCUCUCGAUAUCCACACCAGAGCUAGUCAACGUCUUGAGGCAGAUGGACCAACAGGUCAAGUGGGCUCAAAAGAUGAAGGCACCUGACUCGUUCCGGAACCCUGGCCUCUGGUGUGACUUCCAUCGCAACCACGGUCACAAAACUGAAGACUGCGUCGCUCUAAGGAUCGAGGUCAAUGAACUACUCCAAAAGGGGCAUCUCCGAGAAUUCCUCUCAGAAAAGGGCAAGAACCAUCUAAAUAAAGAGGUCCGGGCGAAAUCCGCUGGAGUUAUACUCACCUCACCACCUCGCCAGGACCGAGUGAUCCAUGUCAUAUCCGGAGGUUCAGAGAUAAGCGGCGUUAGUCAUGCAUCUGCCAAGAAAAGCACCCGCAACACCAACCACGGCCUGGAGACGACCACACCAAAGCGCUUGCUCCUAGGUACCGACGAAAUAAGCUUCACGUCUAAGGAGCAGGAGAAGAUCCUGGCUCCCCACCACGAUGCCCUGGUCAUCUCGCUCACCGUAGCAAACUGCUUGGUAAAAAGAAUACUAGUGGACAAUGGUAGCUCCAGCAACAUCAUCUUCGAGACUGCUUACCAGGACCUAGGGCUGGAGGAGAGCGCCCUGACGCGUAAGUUCCUGGUCGUCGACAGUCAAUCAGCAUACAACAUUAUCCUAGGAAGACCCUGGAUUCACGACAUGGGAGCAGUCCCUUCAACCCUUCAUCAAAUGGUGAAAUUCCCUACACCCUGGGGCAUCAGAAUAAUCAAAGGAGAUCAAGAGAAUUCUCGAUCCUGCUACCAGACCACCUUAAAGGGAAAGACCAAGGUCUUAUAG